UGUUCCCGCCCGCAGCGCUAUGUCACGCGGCAUGUACCACCCACACUUCCCGCCCGCGCUCACCCACAUGACGGCUGCAAUGGGUGGGAUGGGCGCUAUGGGUGCCACGCUGCCCGCCCACACGCCCUCAGACUACCAGGCCACCCUCGACUCGGAGAAAGUGCGGGCGGCCUUUUUGCCCACGUCCUUAGGGAGUCUGGGCGCUUUCCAGUCCCACGCCCUCUACACCUCCAUGGCGGCGGCCCAGCAGAACUCUCACGCCCACACGCCCACCCCUACCUCCCCGGACUCCACGCCUACCCACAACGUCCUCAGCACGCCCCUGGCCGCCCCCGUCGCGAAGCUGCCCCAGCCCGCGCCCGAGGACAGACGCGCCAGCCCGCCCGCGACCACAGCGAGUUCUUCACCGUCGUAUGUCCCGCCCUCUCCCUUCUCCGCCCUCUACUCCGCGCCCUCAAGUCUCACGCCCACCCACCCUCUGCUCUACCCAGCCCAGUACCCACCCAUCUCCACCCCCGCCCAAGAUCUCCGACGCCCACUGUCCGUCCUCUUCUCGUAG